AUGAGAGCCACUCCUCGUCUUCUGCGCGCUGUCGCCUCUCUGCCCCCAUCACGAGCUUCCAGCAUCAGCUUCAUUGGUCUCGGUCGCAUGGGCUCAGAGAUGGCGUACAAUCUCUUUUCCCGAACCCUUGCUGAGAGCGGUGGUAGUGCGCGUUUCGUCGUCUGCGAUGCACGCCAGGUCGUCUCCGAGUCGUUCGUCGCAAAUUUCGAAAAACAAUUCCCCGGGUCGCGAGUAGACGUCGUAAGCUGCCCUGAAGAGGCGCUGGUCGCGUCACAGACGGUGGUCACGAUGCUGCCAUCCUCGCCGCACGUGCGCAACGUAUAUUUGGAGUCUGGAGGAAUCGUCCCAGCUCUUUUGAGCCUGCCUCAGGAGGCAGUCCAAUCCACGUUAUGCAUAGACUCAACGACUCUAGACGUGGAGGUUGCACGCGCAGUCGCACAGGACAUCAGCAUGACUGGCGCAAAGAUUGUAGAUGCUCCCGUGUCCGGAGGCGUCACUGGCGCCAAAGCUGGCACCUUGAGUUUCCUGGUGGGCGGUACACAAGGAGCGUUUGACUCGGCGAAACCAACACUAUCGAAUAUGGGCAAGAAGAUAAUUCACUGCGGUCCAUCCGGCUCCGGAUUGGCGGCGAAGAUAUGCAACAAUUUGGUGCUUGGGGUUCAUCAAAUCGUCGUCGCGGAAGCAAUGUUGCUUGGGCAGAAGUUGGGACUGGGUGCACAGGUUCUGGCAUCAGUAAUAAACAGCUCUACAGGAGCUUGCUGGGCCAGUUCCGUCAAUAAUCCCGUUCCUGGUUCCAUCCCGGAUAAAUCCCCGCCGUGCGAGCGCGAUUUUGAAGGCGGGUUCGCAACAAGUCUCAUGCUGAAAGACAUGGGCCUGGCAAAGGAUAUCGCGAAUUCUGCGAAAACCCCACUACCUCUAGGAUCCGCAGCUGAGCAAAUAUACUCAGAUGUCAUUCAACACGAUCCCGACCUGGCGAAUAAGGAUUUCUCGUCAGUCUACAGAUACCUGCGCCUUGCGAAUAAUCAGACUCAGUGA